AUGGUAGCUGCAGUAGUGCUAUGCCCUAAGUGUGGUAAGCCUCAUCGUGGUGAAUGCUUGUAUAAGAAGAAUGUCUAUUUUCGGUGUGGCAAAUCAGGACAUAUUGCUAGGGAUUGUCCCACAUUUGCUCAGAGGAAGGAUUAUAACAAUGAUCAGAACAAGAAGGGGAAAGCACGAGUUUUUACAUUAACUCAAAAAGAUGCAGAAGGGAACUUAAACAUAAUAACAGGUAUUUUACUGGUAGCCAAUGCACCUGCUUAUAUACAAUUUGAUUUAGGAGCUAUUCACUCUUUUGUAUCAACGUCUUUUGCUGUUAAAUCUACUAUUACUUGUAAUAAGUUAAAGAGUACACUAGAAGUUAGCUUCACCUCAGGCAGGAUAUUGAACACAGACAAGUUAGGCAAGGCAGUGAAAUUCGAUAUUGAGGAAAAAACCUUAGAAGCUAAUUUCUAUAUGAUAGAUAUGAAGGACUUUGAUAUGAUUUUGGGCAUGGAUUGGUUAGGAUAUAAUUAUGCGAUCAUUCGUUGUAGAGAAGGGGAAGUGUCUUUUCAAAAACCAGGAGAAGAACAAUUUUCUGUCCUUGAAAUAGAGACCAAACCCCAUUUCCAACUGGUUUCGGCCUUAUAA